CUUUGAUGUAAAACAGUUGCAAACUGAGCCUGUUAAUUUUAACUGUCAUUUCAGGUAAAUAAUCAUGGCCUCCGGUGGCACUCCUUUAUUCAUUUUCAUUGUCCUCUGCAUCAGUGCAGUUAAGAGUGAUGAUUUUAUAAAAGUGGAAUGCAAAACUGAAAAUGUAGGACACUAUGGCCAACAGUCACUGCUGGAGUGUGUCGUUAAAACAGGACAAUUUGUAACUGAUCCAAAUAUUCGUAUGGUUGCUUGGAAAAAACUGACCUCUCCAGAAGACGAAGGUGAUCUCCUGUUGGGUUUUAAUAGAGGGAAAUUGGACCAGCCAAAGCGAGGUUACAGGUUUGCUGAACCAUCAUGGAACGAGAAGAACAUGAAUGUAUCUCUGUUCAUCACCAACACUGCAGUGGCAGACGAUGGAGAUUACAAGUGCAUAGUGAUCACAGACAGUGGUGAUAGCAGCAUGCUCACUACCCUUAAAGUCCAAGCCAGAUACAGUAUCUUGACUGUAUACUCCAUCCCUGAGAAAAUUGUCCCAAAUACAGACAGUACCCUGAUCUGUGAGUCUUGUGGAGGCUACCCACAGGGAACAAUUCACUGGUUUGAUGAAGAGAAACAUGACUGGACAGGAAGCUCUCAAAUGGAGGUGACACAGUCAGACGAUGGUUUGUUUCAACUCACAGGCAGACUCCAUUUGUUUAGAGGAUCCACUUUCCAGAGGUAUACCUGUGUUGUGUUAAAUGCCAGUGGAGUCAAAGAGGAUGAGAUCAUAUUUGAAAUGCCAGCACCACCAAGACUAACACCUCCUUCAGGUCAAGAGCCAAUAGAGAUCUGCAAAAUAGUUGUCCGUCUGGUGGUCACUGGUUCACUGAUGGUAGGAUUGCUGUGUGUGCUGUUGUUCUACAGAUGGAGAGCUCAACAGGUCCAGAAGUGCUCUACUGAACCUCGUACGGUUUACAGACCUGAAGUGAAUCUGUAGGCAGCAGGAGGCACCACACACCAGAUGAUUAUACUGUAUCAAUUUAAUGCAACACUUCCUUAUUCGCUAUUUGCGCUAUUUGUAUUUACCUAUUGCAAACACAGUGUAUAACCAGACAUACCCUGUAUUACUGCGAUUUAGCAGUCAACCCAUAAGACCUUUAUUCACUUAAACUCUGUAUAUAAAGAAUAAAGUCUUGAGCUUAAAAAAAACAUCUUUGAAUCAAGCCAAGAUCAACGAAGCAGGGAACCGUUACAGGCCAAGUCAUUUACAAACAAUCACACCAGACUAGAAAGUGAAGACUUCUGAUUUCACUUGGUUGACUGAGGAAAUGUUUGUGUACAUAUAACACAAUCAUGUGUUGUCCAUAUAGUAAUUGUAUUGCUUUGCAGUUAAACAGCAUUUAUUUGCAGUUAAACAGCAUUUAUUCUCACUUCCACUUCUCAUGUUUAUUAUAUAUUUUGGGGAUAGCACCACGUUGUUAUGUGGUAUGUGUGUAAAUCUGUUGUUCCCAACACAUACAGACAUACAAUGAUCUUUUUAUGGUUUUAUAAUGCUUUACAAAAUAUAUAUUAACGUCACUUAGACAAUGAUACGGAAUACGUAGAACUGUCUAAAGCCUGAAUAACUGAUGGAACUGUAUGUUUGAUCUGUGGCUUGACAGAGCAGUCAAGAAAUGUUGGCCUUACUGUUAUAUGAUGUACACUUCUCCAAAAGGGCAUUAAAUGGACUUUCCAUCCCCCAGCUCGCUCCCUUCAUGGAGGUGUAUGGGAAAGACAGGAUCUGUGAGAAAAAUUCUCAAUUCCACCUUAAAUGUACAAAGUCUUGAUGAAGAGGGUCUCAGGACUGCUUUAUGUGAAGCUGAAGCUUUUUGAAUGCUCGUCCCACAAAGGUUCUACAAAUCCAAAUGACCUUGAAGCACUUACCCAGAACCACCUGUUGCUUCUUAAGACUGCACCAUUACUACCACCAGGAUGUUUUCAGAAAGAUGACAUAUAUGCUCACCGCACAUGGAAAUAAGUCCAAUAUAUGUUGGAUUUAUUCUGGAAAAGUGGAUUAAGGAAUAUCUUCCACAACUGCAACAAAGACAGAAAUGGUGCAAUCCAAGACGAAACUUCAUGCCAGGACACAUUGUGUUCAUUGUUGAUGGUUCAGCACAAUGGAAUUCCUGGAUAACUGGAAAAAUUGAAGAGACAAUUCAGGACAAAAAAGGAUUUGUUCUUAAAUAGAGCUAUAAAUAAAGUCUGUCUUUUGCAGGAAGCAGAGAACUUUAACAAACUUGAAUUACUUAAUCAUCUCCAAGUGGCUUACUUUUUUUACUUAUGGGUUAUUAACUUCACAGAUGGUGAACCGUGGUGUUAUAAGUAGUGGUACUGGUCAAUUUUGCACUACAGGGUAAUUGGAAUUCUUUAUAAACCAGCAAAAGUUGUAAGACUUGAUUAUUUUGUAAUUAUGAUUUGAAGAAGAAUAAUUAGGGGCCAGUAUUGUAAGAGCCAAAUUGAAUGUUUAUGUUUUGUUUAUUUGUUCUGGUGGCACAGGUGUUUAGAUUUUCCUGUACCUCAGGUGAUUACAUUGGGGUGUUAUUUACCUGACGCUGGCGCACUAAACAGAAAGUUCGGGUAAGUGUUGGGGUCUUUUUGCAAACUUUUCUGAUGACCGUCAUUUUAGCACGUCAUUUCACGUCACCUUUCAGUCCUAUUCACAAACAACGAAAGUUAAUACAUGCGCUAUUUGUUUUGAUUGAAAGUGGAAGUUUAUUGUUUUUGUUUUAAAAUAAAACAAAAACUAACUCAGCCUGAUGGAAAUCACAACACAGACUGAUGCAACAAAAACCAGUAAGUAGGGUGUACAGCAUACACCAUAGUCUAUGGCACACAGGAGUAUUAGGUUAUUAAGUACACGCUGGUAAGUUGUCUUGUAGAAACUGAUUAAUUGAAACAAAUGAGCUGGCUGUGUGUGCAACAGCACAACAAAACAUUACCUGUCCUUUUAUUAACUGCACAAGUAGUGGUGGUCAUUAGCUGCUAGCUAACUGGGUUAGGGUGUCAAGGGUUUGUAGCUUUGUCCACAGUUCAAGAGAACAUAUUUAGUUUUAAAGUAGGUUACAGGGCUUUUCCCUGCUUUUCUGGAGCACUUAUAUUUCACGAAAAACUAUCUGAUAUGCCAAUCCACAUAAUUAUGGAUCAUUAUAAUAUGAUAUUUUAAAAAAUUACAGU